AUGCCGAAAGAACCACCUAUUGAUUUAUUAAACAAUUCCUUAAAGGAAAUUGUUUUUAGAAGAAAAAAUGCCAAAUUAUUCAAAAAACUGGCUCAAAUAACACAUUUUAAUUUAUGGGAAGUUGAAGCACUUGCGCUCAUAAACCGAAAAAUCACUCAAGAAAUGGGUCCCGUAACACGAACAUCUUUUAGAGACGUUGUCCACUCAGGUUUCGAUUACACUGAAAAUAUACGUCAUUUAUUAGUGGAUAAAGUAUUUUCGAUUGUCGACAAAAAAAGUACUUCAGUGUUAUCAGCUGAUCAAUGGGUUGAAGGGCUCUCUAUCAUGAUAAGAGGAACUCUCGACGAAAGAAUUGAUUUUGCUUACAAAGUUUAUGACUUCAUGAAAGUGAAUAGGCUGAAGAAAGAGCAAAUAUUUCCGAUGAUGAGAGGAUGUCUCAUCAUGCCUCAUCGCGAAGAGGAUUCAGAUGAGAUGGUCAAGGAUCUCAUAGAACUGUUGCUAAAGAAAUUAGAUGUCGACCGAAAUGGUAAAGUAAGUAAAAAAGAAUACACAUAUUCUGUGAAGGAAAUGAAUGAACUAGUUCUAGAAUGUAUGGGACCUGUGUUUCCAACGAGGGAAGCCAUACAUGCUUUUCUGACGACAUUUACUACCAAGACUCACAGAUUUUAGGAAAAAGGGAGAACGGGAAAAAAGGAGAUUAGGUAAAAAAUGGGGACGGUCUGUGAUCUCUGUGAAUUUGGUUUUAUUUGAUGAAGCAUUAGAAGAUUUGGAAAGUGGAUUGAAGGAUGAAGCUGACAACUUUAAGGGACUAUAGUGAUGUCUUUCGCGCCAAUAAGUCGCAAAUCAUACAGAAAAACAUAUAGAGGCCGAUGACGAUGCUUCACUAAACUUUCAAGAUUGCCUACGGAUCUUUACGAUUCACCGAUCGACUCGGAUCCUUUGAAAACGAUCGCUAAUGGACCGGCAUAAUUCUCCCAUAAUCACCAUCAUGUUCACGAAGUAUUCCUCUUCGAAAUAGCUACGUUAAAGAAAAACGAUACACUUCACGAAUAAAAAAGCUCU